AUGACACCCAGAGAAAAAAAGCAGCAAGAUCCCUCCACAGAUCCGUCUUCCGCCGCAGCAAGGAUACGGAACAAUCAGAGGCGGUCAAGAGCACGCCACCGCGAAUUCGUCGACGAGCUAAAAGCCAAAGUUCGCGAGUAUGAGCGCCAAGGGGUUCAAGCCACGCUGGACAUGCGCCAAGCAGCGCGCAAAGUCGCGCUUGAAAAUUCGCGAUUAAGGUCCCUCCUCGCCUCCCGUGGGGUCACGGACGAGGAGAUCAGUCACUACCUAGCGCAAUUUGAGGACCGCGCGUCAGUGGGCUUGCCAACUGCAGCCCCGACACCGCAAACAGACGCGUCACCCCGGCUGCCCGUCGGGUCGGACUCGGGCCUGUUGUCGUCUGACCGCAACGUGCCCGAUGUUGAACCGGCUUCUGGGCUCAACACGCUUGCCGUUGCCGCGGAUACCAGUGCCCGGCAAACAUGUUGCGGGCCUACCACGCAGUGUACUCCCGACGAAGGGCGGGGCGUUCAGAGUGCUGCAGCAGAGGUUCCUCCGCAGGGCCAUCCAGCCUCGCCGUCACCCAGUCCAAAUAAACCCAACACGACAACCACUUCACACCUGGAAAUGUCGUGUACCGCUGCUGCCCACAUCAUGGCCAACAUGUACAGGCAUGGGAACAGCGAGCUUGCGAGGGAGGCCCUGGGAUGCUCUGGGCCCGAGGAAUGUUAUGUCAAGAAUACCCUGGUUUUUCAACUCCUCGAUAGAGCCGAGAGAGAUGAACAAUAG